GGCAACGUUGUCGGGAGAGACGUGUUACUGUGGUCAUUAUGGGAUGGAAGGGCUUGUGGCCAGGGAGUGUCCAGACAUCUCUACUAAAGGGGAGUCAGACACAGUUCCACAAAACAACUCUACAGGGUGGUGUUGUGACUCUGUCUGUCUGCCGUGUGGAGAUGGGAAGGACAUGUUGGCUGUAUACAGAACACUGGGGCCUUACAUCCGGAAUGUCAGCCUGGAAGUACUGACUGACACAGUGCAUGCUGGGAAGCCUUUCCUCUUGGAGGUUUCUGGAUACCUGGCGGCUCCUCCCACUCAGCCUACAGGGAUAUAUGGCCUGGAAGGAGAGAACCUAUCAUCUGUGGAUGUUCAAUUCAGUGGGAAGGCCCACAAAGGUCAAAGUUCACACAGCGUCAUCGUCCAGGACGAUGGCUUCUUCACCUUCUCCUCUGAUUGGAUGCUGGAAAACCCUGGAACAUACCAAAUUAAGAUCUCAGUCUCCAACCUCCUCUCCCAGCUCUUCUCCUCCCUCUAUCUCUCCGUCUUUCGUCCCUCUCCAGAGGGGUUGGAGGUCAGCCUGGUCCAGGGGCAAGGGGGUACCCCCUCCUGCCUGCCCUACCCAGCCCAGGACACCCUAUCCCGGACUCUGGAGAAGGCCUACCUGGGUGAUACCCUCACCCUCCAGGCAUAUGUAGGAGCUGGAAUCAGGGUGAAGUUCCACUGGAGAUUCAUCAGUGAUAAUGAAAAGGAAGAGGAAGAGGAGGGGAAGAGGAGGGAUGUAAAGUUAGACUGCCUUCCUGAUUCUGAUUGUCUGAGCAGCACUGUGAGCCAACUGUUUAAAACUGAGGGGAUUCACACUGUCAAGGUCAAUGCUUCCAAUAAAUAUGGCUGGACUGAGAAAACCAUCCAUAUUGCGGUGGUGAGGCGUGUUGUGUGUGAUUUGACUCUGGAGAGUCGGUCUGGGUACCAUCUGGCUGCUGGUCAGAACAUUUCUGUGGACCUGCAGCUCUACACCACGCAGAGACAGAGCCUAAUGCUCAACCUCACACUGACCUACCAGGGAAAACACAGCGUCAACCAAGACCAUGUCCACAACCUCAACCAAACCUUCAAUCAUGACGAUGCUGACCAUGAAAACAAUCAAAACCAUGACCAAGCAGAAGAUCACUACCUCAAUCAAAAUCAAACCUACAGUCAUGAACUUGACCACUUCUACAACUUUACUCUAGCGCUUGAACUCAACCACAACCAAACCCAUGGUCAUGACAAUGACGAUCACACCGUGUCCCUCCAAUUCACCCACACCCUCUCCCUGUCCUCCUACCCCCAGCUCUCUAGCCCCCUGCACCUCUGCUCCUCCUAUGGCCUGACCAGCUGCCACCUCCAGUUCCACCUGCACUACCCCCUCCCCUCCACCGUGGGACAGUAUACCCUCUCAGCCACAGUCUUCUCCCUCUCUGAUUCUGCUGUGCCGCUACUCUCCGCCUGUCUCCCUUGCCCCCUGGUGGUGUACGACCGCAUACGCACCCUCUGGCCGGCUGGAACGUGGAGCGCUGUGGUUCCGUCACGGUCAGAACUCAACCUCACGGUCACCAGCCAGGCUGACCGCAUGGGUUCUAAGGUGCUUUGGACAGUUGCUAGGGGCAACACUACUGUGCUCAACAGGAUCACUGAGGGCUGGACCGUGACCAUGACAUUCUCGAUCGCAGGGACCUAUCUGGUCACGGUCAAAGCCUUCAACCCAAUCAGCUGGGUUGGCUUCCACACACACUUCCUGGUCCAAGAUCCAGUCGGAGAAUUUUUGUUGAACAUUCCAAGAGUAGUCACGGUCAACUGUCCGACCGCAGCGUUGUUCACCGUCACAACAGGGUCGAACAUGUCUGUGGUGGUGUUAACGAACACAUCCGUGCUGUACCAGAACAACAGCUACACAGCAGGGGAGGAGGUGACUGUGGGUUUGUUGUUUGACUGUACUGGGACCACUGAGGUUAAGGUCAGAGCUGAGAACCUAGUCUCCUCUGAGAACAGGUCCGUGAACGUGUGUGUUCAGCUGGUCAGAAAGUGGUCACACACGGUCACCAUGGACAUAACUCUACCACCUGUCACCUGCCCGAGCCUAGCCCUCAGUACCAAGGUAAAUGGAGCUUUGAUAUUAGCACAUGAGGUAACCACGGAGGAGCCAAUUGGUGACGUCCUCUUAGUGUUGGCCACACCUGCCGUGAUCCGAUUAGCUGACUUCAUCAACGCAACAGCUUUAGUGGUCAGAGGCGGGGCCAUGGUGUUUGAGUGGCAGGUGUCUCUCCCAGAAUUCACCACUCACAGUCACACAGACAGGAACACCAGUGUGAGCUCCCUUCAUCUCCAGGCAGUUGUUCCAGGGAUGUAUAACAUUACCGUGACAACCUACUGUCUCCUGGGCCACACCUCAGUCAGCCGACACCUAGAGGUCAGGGUUCAUGGCCCCGUGGGUCAAGUUCAGGUCCAGUACCCAUUUGGGUCGGAUAGGGCAGCGCUCCACCUGCAGGCUGUUGGGACCUACGCCACGUCCCUCCUCCUGUUCAGAGGACACUCCUUCUCCCACAGCGCCCAUUUUGUUUUUGACUUCGGAGACGGGUUGCCAACUUCAUAUGUGAACGGUGUCUCUCAUUCGCUGGGAAAUACUGCAUCCACCUAUCACCAGUUCACUAAAGAGGGAGUGUUCCAGAUCAGAGUGUGGGCCUAUAAUGAGUUCUACAGAAGUAUGGCUACGGAACGUGUGUUCUAUGUAGAGAAGGUUCCAGCGGGUCUAGACCUCUCUGCCCACUCAAGUGUGGUUCAUAAGAACCAGGUGGUUCUCUUUGAGGCUCUGUUAGAACAGGGAACUAAUGUCUCAUACACCUGGAGUAUGGGAGACCAGACCACCUAUGUCAAUGCAGGUGCUGUAGUGUCCCACGUGUUCCUGUCUCUGGGUGCAUUUGAGGUGUGUGUGUUGGCUGAGAACAAAGUGGGGAGUGUGAGCCACUGUGUCCCCGUCUCUGUGCUGCACCGGAUGCAAUCUGUGAGUAUCCACACAGAGAAGCAGGCGUAUGCCACAAACACUGAUAUAACAUUCCUGGCCCGGACAGAAGAACCGGACCCUGUGGAAUUCCUCUGGCACUUUGGAGAUUCCCGACCCCUUCGGACCACGUCACGCUCCUUAAAAAAGACAUACCACACACCUGACAGGUACAGUGUGGUGGUGGUAGCCUCCAACGGACUGAGCUCCUUCACCUCCGAGGUGCAUCCUGUCCUGGUCCAGAGAGCUGUGCGUCCUAACAGAUUGCUCCUCCAGCCAUCUGUGGUUCUGAACCACACCGCCAGCUUCACCUGUAGGGUCAACUCUGGAACCAACCUUUCAUACUCCUGGAGCUUUGGAGACGGAACCUCCAGGACGGGAGGGAACACAGAACAGCAUGUAUUCCACAGGACAGGAGAGUUCACGGUUGAGGUGACCGUGUCUAACCUGGUCAGCUCUGCCUCCCUGACCGCACAGAUGUUUGUGGUCGACCGCCCCUGUAAACCUCCAGCUGUUAAAAACAUGGGACCGCUCAAGAUACAGGCACGGAGGUAUGAGCCAGUGGGUCUGGGAGUGACGUAUGAGGCAGAGGUCCAGUGUGAUGUGUUCCAGGGUCUGGAGUACAACUGGUCUUUGUAUAACUCUACAGGCCUGCCUGUACCUCUACCUCCUGUUCACACAGACAGACAGAGCAUCACCCUACCCAGCUACUUCCUACACUAUGGUAUCUACACCGCUACAGCCAAGGUCCAGAUCGUUGGCAGUGUGGUGUACAGUAAUUACAGUGUAUGUGUGGAGGUGGUGCCCAGUCCUCUGGUCUCCUUCAUCCAUGGAGGCACCAACAUGUUCCUCAGCAGCAGAAACAGCAGCAUUAUCUCCCUAAACGGACAACUCUCCUAUGACCCCGACUACCCCAUGAACCACCUCAGCUAUAGCUGGACCUGUAAGCCAAUCAGUGCCAUCGACAGCUCCUGUUUCGACCAAUAUGUGCCCACCUCCUUCUCUGUGAUCGUGUUUCCAGUGGGGUUCCUGAAACAGGACUUUGACCAGUUCAGGUUCAUGCUCACGGUCCAGAGUGGAGAACGCUCAUCUACAGCUGACACCUUCAUCACGGUCACACCCAGUCUGCUCAGGAGAGUGUCAGUGUAUUGUUACCAGUGCCAGGGGGACGUAGUGAACUGGGACCAGUCGUUCUCAGUCAGAGCAGUGUGUGAUAGUUGUGGCCCCUCCCCCAGAACCAUCAGCUACACCUGGACUCUCUACCUGGUCGACUCUUCCAGUAAGGUGGACACAGACGUCCCCUUCUGCCACAGUGUGGAUCUGAGUAUUCCCUCCAACAUCAUUAGUGGCCCUACCUUUCCCCUGCCUCCAGCCCUGACUCUCACCCCUCCAUCAUCACCCCUGCACACACCCUCAAUCCCAGCCACCUUGGUGACCGGUCUGAUGUCAUCAAACGUGACCAGCCAAACUGAGAUACAAUCUACGACCCCCACAACUCCCGACCCAGUCCCCCUGCCUCCCUUCACCCCGUUGCCCCCCUUCCCCCUCUCUUCUCCAUCACCUGGUGGUCGCCCCCGGAAACAGAGGUCACAGGGUUCAGUAGAACUUCAGGGAAUCAAUAGCGCAGCUGGGAACAACCAAACACCAAACUACAGCCCUCCAUUUCUCUCUUUACCAAACCACAGUGUUUUGGCCAACCCUUCACCAAUCUCCUCCCCCGAGCCCAUCUCUGCUCCAAUCAGCUUCACUCCUGAUACACCUGAGCCAGACUUGGGAGGGUUUGACCCCAGUGGGCCCCCUUACCUCAUCUCAGAGUCCCCUGUAGUUACCUUAGACGAUGGCAGCAUCCUUUUCUCUGCCCCCCUCGGCCAGAGUGACAUCAUCGAGGAAUUCCCCAUCCAUCCCGAUUUUCCCAAUGACUACGACUUCCCUUUCCCCGUCCUGGAGAGUGGAGAUGUGCGUGGACGUCCUGUUGAGGGCUCCUUUCCUGGACAGUCAGUCAGUGGUGGAGCGUUAGGACACUUCCCCGGAUCAGAUCCCUCCACAGCAGAGACAAGCUGGGACCCCAAUGGAACACUAGAACCAUCAGGCAAUCAGACAGGCACAUAUAACUUCACUGAUGAUAAUGUUCCCUUCCUGGGGAUAGAGGAGGGAGACCCGGGAGCGUCAGUGGGCAGACCAACAGGUGUGGGUGGUGGGAACUCCGAGAGCUCAGAGGGUGACUCUGCUCCUGCUGUCCCGGGAUCAGCUGAGGAUGAGGGGAGUAACCUGAUGGACUCCAGCCCCUCCCUAGUGGUCCUUGACCCCACACUACUAGACCUGCCCAGAGAACUGUUAGAACCGGAGCUGUUUGAGUCCUACACAUACACAGGAAUCUCCUCUGCUCUCAUCACGUUCAGACCUUUCACUCUGCGAGCAGGAAGCAGAUACAUGUUGGAGGUCACAGCUAACUCCCACGAUGCAGUACUGGGGCGGACUCAGCUGUUCCUGUCCACUAGCCCCAGCCCCCAAGGGAUAACCUGUCAGGUGCAGCCUAGCAGUGGCUUCGAGAUACACACACACUUCAGCAUCUUCUGCACCUCUGGGAAAGAGGACCUGCUGUAUGAGUACAGUUUCAGUAUAGGAAACAGCCCUCCUAAGACCCUGUACCAAGGAAGAGACUUUCAGUACUUCUUCAACCUGCCAUCUGGAGACCCUCAGGAUGACUAUAAAGUCACUAUCUAUACAGAGGUCCGGAACAGGUUUGGAGCAGCAACUGCACCCUGUCCUGUAACUGUCACAGUCCACCCCAGCUUCAUCAGGAACACCUCCUCUAACUACAACCCUGAUAUGGAACUUUUUGAGUCAGGUUUGAGGAACUUGUCUGAUCUGGUCCAGUUGGGGAACAGUGUCGAGAUCCGUAACUACAUCAUCCUCCUGUCCAGCGUCCUCAACAGACUCAGCCAGGACCCCACAGCCAACACACACACUCAGUCACACACACGCACCGCACUCAUCAACGCUGUUUGUCAGCUCGACAUCAAUGACCAGCGGUCCAUGACAAACAACAUCUACAUGCUCAAAGACCUGAUGCACCUCACCCACCAGGUAUCGUUAGCCAGUGCCAGUGUGGUGGUGGGUCAAGUCCAGUCCAUCUCAGACCUGUUCCACCAGCCCAGUGUUCCUGUUCCCUACCUAUUGGACAGCUGGACCCUCAACACUCUGGUCACACUGCUGUCAUACAGCCUGCAGGCCACCCCCACUACUAAUGAUGUCAGACAAGACCAGGCCACUGCUGAUGAUGUCAUACAGGCCAUGCCUACCCUCAAAGAACAGGCCAUACAACUCACGACUGACAGUCUGCAGACUACUGAUCAAUUACUACUGAAAUACAUCCUAUUCAAUAAGGUCGAGCAGCACAACGUGACCACCAGUGUCAUGGACCUACAGACCACUCACCACGACCGUGGUCUAACCACAGUCAUCAGCUCUGGCUCGGCCACCUUCUACCUGCCUGACUCCCUGGACCUGGUCCUGUACGGUCGUAGGAGGAGAGAAACCGAAAAUGGAAAACAGAGUCUCUGUGUCCUCAGCCAGCUGACCACAUUCACGCACAACCUCUACUUCUGGACCAAGACACCUGUACUGCUGAGUGGGCCAGUGAUUGACCUGACCCUGUACAACUGCAGCACAAGGAGAGAGAUUCCAGUACGUUCACUCUCCCAACCAAUCAACAUUGAGUUCCCCAAAACACCUAGAAAUGUAAGUUCUUUAUCGGAGUUCACUCUCCUGCGUAGCCAGGUGAACUACCACGGUUUGAACAUUACCCAGCAGGCCUUGCAGGAGGCCAUACUGGUCAGUGUGGAAUUCACACGGCCCCCCAACAAGACCUUUCCCAUCAUGCUCCUCUUCAGGAUGUUUGAGAGGCCGACCCCAAGCUUGUAUCACAUCCACAGCAUCUAUCACUGGGACGGAAACACCACUUACAUCAUCCUGCCUCCAUCAUACCUCACUGCUGCAGGGACAGGCUACCUGGCUCUACUCAAUGCUGACUACAAAAAGACCCCCAGACACAAGUACAUGAGCAGACAAGUGAACUACACAUUGAGACUGGAGACCAGCCAGUGUCUGUCCUGGGACCACCAGGAGGGCUGGACACACACCAGCUGCACACCUCAACUAGGAUUAACCUCACACACCAGGGUCAACUGCAGCUGUAGCCACUUGAGCCCAUUGACCGUGGUCCAGCAGCAGAUCCAGAGCAGCCAUGAUGACUCAGCAGACCUGGCCCAGUUCAUCAGUCUCCCCAGUGAUUUGACGGUGGUGUGUGUGUGUGUGGUGUGUGUGUGUCUGUAUGCUCUGGGCAUGGUGGUGUGUAAGAGAGCUGACCUCAUCUCAGAGAGGAACCAGGGAGUCUACUACCUGUCUGAUAACGCUCCUUUAGACACACACCUCUACUCUGUUACUAUACACACCGGCCUCCGCUCCUCACCCAGUAUGACCGCCAAGGUCCAUAUUGUGCUGUAUGGGGAGGAUGGGGUGUCACAGACCAGACAACUACAUGACCCAGAAUGCUAUCUGUUCAGAAGGAACUCCAGGAACACCUUUAUACUGAGUACUGUAGACAGUCUAGGCCCUCUGUGGGGGCUGCACCUGUGGCAUGAUAAUACUGGCCCCUCCCCCACCUGGUACCUCAGACAGGUGGAGGUGUGUGAGGUGAAGGGCAAGGGGCGGAGCUGGCUGUUCCUAGGCCAGUGUUGGUUGGCUGUUGAUGAGGGUGACAGACAGGUGGAGAGGAGACUCAGGGUCUGUGAUCAGGGGCCAGGAUUCACCAAGCUGCUGUAUCUGAAGCUGUCAGAGUACCUGUCAGACUUCCACCUGUGGUUGUCUGUGUACUGUGGUCCCUCCCCUAGCGUGUUCACUCACACACAGCGCCUCAGUGUGUGUCUGCUGCUGCUGCUGGGGUACAUGUGUGUCAACACGUUACUCAUAUCUGGCCUCGAUGACCAAUACACCUCAGAGCUGGGCAUCAUCGACGUGUCUACCGUUUCCCUAACGACGGGGUUGCUCAGUGCACUGGCUGUGUUGCCCGUAGCGUCCGCGCUGUCCUUCCUGUUCCGUCAGCGUGAGGUCAGAGUAAAGAGGUCAGAGGUCAAACAGAACAUGGUCAGACUGCCAGACAUCUACUCUAUAGAAGCUGAUGCGCUGAUUGUGAGUGACUGUGUGUUUGACUCUCUCUCCUGGAACAAUCUGCAGCAGUGUGCACAGGAGGCCUGGAGGAAGAAAUAUGAGGGCUCAGUGCCGAAUAGGGAUCUGGUAACUCAAAGAGGAGAUCUGGUAAUACGGGGCAGUCAGGAUCUGGUAAGGGAUCUGCUGACCCAGGAGAAAGUCUCCUCAGAUUGCAACUCCAGUGGUUUUGACAGCUUGCUUGGCAGGUUGCUAGGCAACAGUGUCCCAGACAACAACAGCAUUAGCAAGGAGAGGGAUCGUAACCUCAACGAUAGCUCCAAACUGCUAGGCAGCAACCAGGUGGGCAACAGUACCAGCAGAUGUUUAGGGGGCAGGCUUAGCCCUCUAGCCCGCUGGAGUCACCUCCUAGCCUGGGUACUGUGUUUGGCGCUGGGCCUCUCCUCUCUAGUGGUCACUAUCGUCUUGGGGAUCAGGUUCAGCAGCAGUAAGACUUUACUGUGGAUCCAUUCUGUCUUCUUCUCCCUGCUCUCCUGUGUCUUCCUCAUCCAGCCAGCCGUGAUCCUUGCCGUGGCUGUGGUGGUCUCCUUCUGGCGCAGGAAGCGUCCGGACUUCUCAAGUUUCUCAGGAGUUCCUGGGUUUCAGGCAGAAACUAUGAAACUGUGGACCCAAGAUGGCUCCUGUGUCCCAGAGCUCUUCCUGCUCAGCCCUCCUCAUCCACCCCAGGAGAGAUGCUCUCACUUUGACAGGGUGCUGGCGGCCCGUCGGAGGGCUCGGUAUCUGCGUCUGGUACGCCCACCCACUUCUGGGGAGCUGAGGAGGACAGGGGGGAGGAAGAGGAGAGAAACACUCAUUCGCAAAACACUCAGAGAGAUGGCAGUGUGCGUGUCCAUGCUGUUCCUCCUACUGUGUGUAACCUAUGGCAGCUCCUUUAGAGACCAGUAUCACCUCAACCAUGCCGUCCGAACACAGUUCACCAGGAGCCCACAUAACCCCUUCCUGUCCAUCCAAACGCAUGAGGAGUGGUGGAACUGGACCUUAACCAGUGUACUGGAUGGUCUGGACUGGGACACCUGGUAUAACAACAUAUCAGCAACUGGGAAGGCAGGUGCUGUCCAGGGAACAUGUAUUCUGAUAGGAGAGCCCAUCUUGAGGAAGAUUGAUGUUUCCAACGCAUCCCAAUGCCAGGUGCCUCCUGUAAUGGCGACCUUGUUCCCAGAAUGCCUCACGGAAAGAGUCUCUGGGAUGGCGUUACCGAUGGAGGUCGGACUUCGUCUCUGCGGUCAACUCCAGUGUUACACAGGAACUGGGACCACAGUACGACUGGGUCUAACACGGUCAGAGAUUGUGUCCAGGCUAGAAUCCCUGAGGUCCGCUGGCUGGCUGGACAGACUAACAGUAGCCAUGGCAACCCAGUUCACCCUCUACAGCCCCCACACCAACCUGUUCAACAGUGUGAACCUGAUGGCCGAGAGAUUACCUGGUGGAGCUUUGCACACCUCCGCCCGUGUCCAGUCAGCUAGGGUCUACCAUUCACCUACUGUAUGGGACUACUUCAGUAUGGCAUGUCAGCUCCUUUUCCUCCUCGUCUCUCUGGUCCAGCUCGUCCUCCAGAUCUGUUCUGCUGGAGAGAAAGGCAUGCUGGGAUACUUGAGAGACCCCCAGAGUUGGCUCCAGGCUAGUAUACUCCUGGUAACCCUGGUGUACUACAUCUACUACAUCUAUCAGUCCAUUUUGACUCUGGAGGUCGUUGACCUGCUGCAGCGACACGACUUCAGGAUGCAUGUGGAUGUCAGCUUACUGUCUAUCUGGGAACAGCACACCCAUACACUGCGUGGCAUACUGCUCUUCCUCCUGGUGGUGCGGUGUCUGUGUUUGUCGGGGGUUAACAGAACCAUGGCCGCCUCAGUGACUCUACUCAGACUCGCCUUCUCCAGACUUCUCUGGCCAAUGCUGUCAGGAGUUGUCCUGUUGGUGGCUCUGUCCUCUGUGGGAAACCUGCUGCUCCUGAGGAGGUCCUGGGGGUCCAGCUCCCUGCCCCACUCCGUCUUCACACUCCUGUCUCUCUCCAGGGGCCAACUGGGCUCCCGGGCCCACUCCCUGCCCGUGGCCUCUCAGCCCCACCAGCUCCACAGCCCCAACAGCCUGUCUUUGUCUUUCUACCAUGGAGCUCUCUGUCUCACCCUCACUGUGGCCUGGACAGCAGUGUUGACUGGAAUCGUCUCCUCGUUAGUGAGAGCUGCUAAACUAGCUGGUAGGAGGAGGUGCCUACUGACUCUCUGUGACGUGGUUGGCUACGUCAGGGGUCGGGCAGCUGUGCUCAUUGGCCAACGCAGACAGAGAUGGACAGAUAGCCAUGCCCACAGGAGAAGUUUUUACCUGGAGGAAUUUGAGAGCCUGGUGGAUGAGCUGCAGUUUAGACUAAAUGCCUUCUCUAACAGUCUGCACCACACCCUACAUCCUAAAGAUAUCUUCUCCCCCACCCAGAGCCCCUCCAGCCUGGCCUCACAGCGCUCUGCUGCCAGUGAAACAGCACACGUGACUGAAGAAACACUUCUCAAUGCUCCCCCUGACAUCACCAACCUCCCACUGACCUCCAGGGAACACUCACCUGACGCACACCACUACAGGUCUCAGCUCGAAUUGGAGACCCUCCACCAUCUGCAGCAGUCAGGCCAGAGGAGGCAGACCCCAGCCCCAGCUGGGGGACUCUCAAGUAGGAUUGGGCCAUCCGUCAGUCCCCUGCAUAGUGGAGCACCAGGGUGGAUCUCCCGAGAGCACCCAUCAGACAGAAAACUCCAGAUCUCCACCUCCAUAGGGGGGCCAAGCUACCUCUCCUCCCCAGAUUUGGUGCACCUAGAUGAGGCUCGGACAUGGGACAACAUGCCUCAGAUCCAGAGCCUAACAGGCUGGAUAGAUAAUCAGAUGGUUAAGACUGUGGUUCUGGAGAAUCAGAUCAGCCACUGGACCACGGUCGGUCGGUCUGGUAAGAAGAGCCACAGAAGUCCCAGAAACACCCAAUGGGCUACAGUAGAGGGGCCCAGCUCCAGAUAUACCACUGCUUCUGGGGUGAUGGAGGGCCAUGGAGGGCCACACAUUGCUUUGGUGGAGGUUAUGGUCCAUGGGAGCCCGGAGACUGAGCCAGAAGAGGAGGGAUUCCUAGGGACAGUCAGACAGUGCUGGGGUUGACACUGUAUGUCGAGUCUAAUGAAUGAAUGAAUGAAAAAUGAAUUAUCUUCAUCAAUUUGCUAUUCAAGAGGGAUAUUGUGAAAAAAUUAUGUUUAUAUACUCUGUGUGGAGGGAAUCAGGCUUAAUUACAAGUAUUCAGUAGGCCACUGCUUGUGUCACCAUGUCUAUUUUCAAAAACAUUAAAUAAACAAUCUGCCCUGGUUGUAAAACAAAUAAAUAAAUGGUGUGUAAAAUACAUUCUCAAAUAAAUGGUGUGCAGGUUAGGGUGAGGGGAGCGCACACUGUUUCUUGAAAGAACGAACAUUACAACAUGGCUCACUGACUAACUCAUAUGUUUACAGGACAGUUGCAUUGUUGCAGCAAUCCAGAGACGUCCUUGCACAAUAAAUAAA